GAGUUUCCCAUCGAGAAGCAUGUCUUUCAGUCGAAUUCCCCUGCUCAAUUGCUUCAGCGGACGAAGGGAGAGUUGCGAGGAGGAGUUGCUGCCUCUGAAUGCGUGCGGUAAUAAGGAACCAGUGAUCCUCAAUGUCUACGAUCUGUUCAACAUCAAUGAGUUUGUGGUGCCCCUCGGUUUGGGCAUCUUUCAUAGCGGGAUUCAGGUCUAUGACACGGAGUACACAUAUGGAGGACACGCAUACUCCAAUUCCGGCAUCUUUGAGAUGAUUCCCCGCAGUGCCGAGGUGGAGUUGGGGCAACAUUUCCAUUUUAGGGAGAGCAUUCAACUGGGAUACACACAGUUCAAUCGGGAUGAAGUGCAUCGCAUUGUGGAGCAACUGGGAUUACAGUUUACGGGCAAUUCCUAUCACCUGACCAGCAACAAUUGCAAUCACUUCUCGGACACCAUGGCGCGUAUAUUGUGUGGCCAACAAAUACCCAAUUGGAUCAAUCGGUUGGCCUACUUCAUGGACUGUGUUCCCUUCCUGCAACGUUGCCUGCCCCCCGAGUGGCUCACACCCAUAUAGAAGCUACCAGGGGGAAGAAUCUUGCAAGAGGGAAAAGAGUUGGACACUAGAUUCCUUCGGGUUGGAGGUGUACAAAUCACAGAACAAAAUAAUAACGAGCUUUUAAACGUUUUGUUUCUUCCUAAUGGGGGGGUUAAAAUAUAGUCUGCCAAAAAUUGA